AUGGAGACUAGCCAUUCCUGUAGGGUUUCCGGACUCUUCAUCAUAUUACUCACUUUCUUCGUCAGUUCUUCUCCUUGUUUGUCAUGGUCGUUGCACCCUUCAUAUAUCAACUCCAUGGCCAUGCAUAUAAACCACACUGCAAUCUCAAAUUUUCGGCUGUUGAAUCGAAGAACAUUGAUGGAGUGCUCCAACGUCACAGACCCUUCUAUCAAAAUGAAAGUUAGUCGGAAAUCCAACCUUGCAGAUGAAGAAUAUCUCACGGUUACCGUUAGCAGAGUUUUGCAUCCUUCAAAGAGUGACUGGGUCGGCAUGAUUUCACCUUCUCAUUCUAAUGUAGAAAGUUGUCCAGAAAAUUGGGUGGCUUAUAUGCAAACUGGCGACUAUAACACCAGUCCUCUCCUAUGCCAUUAUCCCGUCAAGGGGAUGUACAUGAGUACAGAUCCAGACUAUCUGAGUUGCAAGAAGAAGCAUCACAAGAAAAGUAGGAAGGGUAAAGGUGUAGUGACCAGCUGCAGUGGGAUGUUGACAUUUCAUAUCAUUAACAUUAGAACCGACAUCGAAUUUGUGUUCUUUGGCGGGGGAUUUGAAACCCCUUGCGUUCUUGCAAGGUCACACAGCAUCAAUUUUGCCAAUCCGAAAAAGCCUUUAUAUGGACAUAUCUCAAGCAUAGAUUCCACCGGAACCUCGAUGAGAUUAACAUGGGUUAGUGGAGAUAUCGAGCCCCAACAAGUACAAUAUGGAGACGGAAAAACUGUCACCUCAGAAGUUACUACAUUUACACAACAUAACAUGUGUCCGAUGUUAAAUGAUGAUGGCCGUAAUGCACCAAGUCCAGCACAGGAUUUCGGGUGGCAUGACCCAGGAUACAUUCAUUCUGCAGUAAUGACAGGACUUGAACCUUCAAGCACCUUCUCCUACAGAUAUGGAAGUGACUCAACUGAUUGGAGUGAACAAAUCCAAUUUCGAACUCCACCUGCCGGUGGAGGAUCAGAUGAGCUCAAGUUCUUAGCAUUUGGGGAUAUGGGAAAGGCUCCCCGUGAUCCUUCUAUGGAGCACUACAUUCAGCCGGGGUCCCUCUCAGUUAUUCAAGCCAUCGUCGAUGAAGUAGAUUCUAACAAGGUAGACUCAAUCUUCCACAUUGGAGAUAUAAGCUAUGCCACUGGCUUUUUAGUCGAAUGGGAUUUUUUCCUUCACCAAAUAAACCCUGUAGCAUCCCGAGUUUCUUACAUGACUGCAAUUGGAAACCAUGAAAGAGAUUACCCUAACUCGGGAUCAGUAUAUGACCUUACUGAUUCAGGAGGAGAAUGUGGAAUUCCUUAUGAAGCUUACUUUCCCAUGCCAACCUCAGCAAAGGAUAAGCCAUGGUAUUCCAUAGAACAAGGAAAUGUUCACUUCACAGUGAUGUCUACUGAGCAUGAUUGGACACAAAAAUCUGAACAGUAUGAGUGGAUGAAAAAUGACAUGGCUUCCAUAGAUCGUUCAAAAACUCCUUGGUUGGUUUUCACGGGGCAUAGACCCAUGUAUUCUUCCGGAGCAGACGGUAUUGAUGCGAAUCGAACAUUUUCUGAGGAAGUAGAACCAUUACUCUCGGAAAAUAAAGUUGAUCUGGUUCUCUUUGGCCACACUCAUGUUUAUGAGAGAAUCUGCUCGAUUUACCGAAAUGAAUGCAAGGCCUUGCCAAGAAAAGAUGAGACUGGGAUAGACAUAUAUGAUCACAGCAAUUAUAGUGCCCCAGUGCACGCAAUUAUUGGUAUGGCUGGCUUUACCUUAGACGAUUUCCCAAAUCAAGUUAAAAGCUGGAGUCUAGUAAGGAUUAGACAAUUUGGUUAUCUGAGAGCUCAUGCAAUGAAGAAAGAGUUCAACUUAGAGUUCGUAAACUCAAAUACAAGGGAAGUUGAGGACAGCUUCCGCAUCAUUAAAGGUUAA